AUGACGAUACCAAGAACUUAUGCUUGCAUGAAGAAACUCACAUCAUCAUCUUCAGCAGAAAAUUUGGCUAAGAAAGCAAAAUCUGCUUUUGGAUCGAGUUUUAGGAGAUUGGUUUCGGUUAAAUUUGGGAAUGAAGAAGAGAAACAAUUCGGGAAAUUGAACAAAGGCAAGAAAUUCGUGGCGUUAUGGGGAAACGGUGAUUAUGGGAGGCUGGGAUUGGGGAAUUUACAGUCUCAGUGGAGGCCUAUGCCUCUUUUUUCCUCUGCUUUUGAUAAUCAGAGUGUUAAGGAGAUAGCUUGUGGUGGUGCUCACACUCUUUUCCUCACUGAAAAUGGAAAUGUGUAUGCCACUGGUCUCAAUGAUUUUGGACAGCUAGGAAUAUCAGAUUAUAAAAGUUAUACAACUGAUCCUCUAAGAGUUUCAGGAGUUCCUAAAGAAGUCAUGAAGAUUUCAGCUGGCUACCAUCAUUCUGCUGCAAUCACAGUGGAUGGGGAGCUCUAUAUGUGGGGGAAAAACGCCAAUGGACAACUAGGCCUUGGAAAAAAAGCGGAACAGGUCGUUCCUUUACCCAGUAAAGUUGAAUGCUUGGAUGGAGUCACAAUUUCAACGGCAUCCCUGGGAUUUGAACACUCAAUUGCUGUUACAGAUGGAGGUGAACCCUUGAGUUGGGGAGGAGGAGAAUUGGGAAGACUUGGUCAUGGACAUGAAUCAAGCAUUUUGGGAUUUCUGAAAAGUAGCAGUGAAUAUACACCACGGCUUAUCAAAGAACUUGAGGGAGUCAAGGUCAAAAGUAUUUCUGCUGGGAUGCUGCAUUCUGCCUGCAUUUCUGAGAAUGGUGCUGUAUAUUUUUUUGGAGAAAGAGCAUUGGAGAAAAUGUUUUUUGGCAAGGCAAACAAUGCUACUACACCAUCCAUGAUCAGCUCAUUACCAUUUUCAAAAGAGGUUGCAUGCGGUGGUUAUCACACCUGUGUUAUUACAAAUGGUGGAGAACUGUACACAUGGGGCUCCAAUGAGAAUGGCUGUCUUGGCAUUGGCUAUUCAGGUGUUGCUCAUUCACCUGAAAGAGUCGAAGGUCCAUUUUUGGGGGAACCUGUUAGCAAGGUGGCCUGUGGUUGGAAGCAUACAGCAGCAGUUUCUGGGGGCAAUAUAUACACUUGGGGCUGGGGUGGUUCACAUGGAACAUUUUCAGAAGAUGGACACUCUCCAGGCGGACAAUUGGGUCAGGGUGAUGAUGUUGACUACAUGGAACCUACUUUGCUCGACUUCAACAAGAACGUAAAAGCGUUGCAAGUAUCUUGCGGAUUUAAUCACACGGGUGGCCUUUUCGAAUAUAUCUGA